AUGAAAAGAACAACUACACAGGAAUCUUCGGAAGAAGCACUCUCAGAGCAAUCAUCAUCCAAAAAGCUAAAACUUGAUCAAAAUUGUCAGCUUGGUCUUUAUUCCUUGCACUCAGAUAUCAAACUUUACAUUUUAGAAUUUAUUCAAUUUUUUCUUUCUCGUCACUUGAUAGUUUCUGAAUUUGAUGAGCAUUCGUUAGAGCUUGAACAUGUUGAUGUUUCAUCGAAGGAGAAAUUGUGGGAACAUACCAAGGUGAUGGCUAGGAGACAAUUGUUAAAGUUAAUGUUUGGUUAUUUCGUGGAUGAAAGUAGACGAAUUCAUCUCCUAUUCAAGCAUGUGAAUUUUUGUGCAAGUGGUAUUUUUCAUCAACAUGAGUUGUUCACAGAGUUGAGAUUUAGAGAUUUGAAAUCAAUUGAGUAUUCGAGAAAUUACUUGUUUUCAAGUAAAUAUUUUGAUUUUAAAGAGUAUUUGCCGAGAUUGGAAGCUGUUUGGGGAUUAAAUAUUGAAGUAGAAGAGGAUGCAAAGAGUUUUCUUGCUCAUGAUUUGAGUAGAAUGAAAUCUGUUUCUUUUGGUUACCUCGAGAAAGAUGUUUGUGUACCAGAAUCUAUUGGAUUUGAAACUUUCUUUUCCAAAUUGACCAAUCUUACCACUCUCGAACUGUCUUGUGGUUAUAUUGAUGAAGAGUUUGUUUUUGCCCUGAUGAAAAGCGUAAAACAUUUGAGAAAGGCCACAUUCACAGAGGCCACCUUGAACAAUGAUGCCUUACAAAUGUUAUUGGAACAAGCAGAGUUUUUGGAGGAGUUGGAUGUUAGCAUGCCAAAUGAUUCCUUCGAUCUUGAUUAUAUAUUUGAUAGAGUCAAGAGGCCACUCAAGCUUACUAAACUUUUUGCUGAGAGUAAUGAUGUUACAGAAAAAUUCUUUGUAAAUAUUGUAAAGGCAGCAAAAUACCUUGGUAAUUUGAAAGUUUUAUCAAUCUCACCUUAUAUGAUCAAUGAUGAAGAACUUUGGAAAAAUUUAUUUAAUAGCUUCCCUCAAUUGACUGAGCUGGAACUAAGCGAUCAAACUUUAACAGAGUCAAUCAUGUCACAUAUUCAUGUAUUGAAAGAAUUACGCUCUCUGAAAUCGAAUUUAGAAACCACCAAAGGUCUUGAACUUCUUCUCCAUUUCAAGUCACUCACUCUCUCAUGCUUGACUAGAGAAACUAAUUUGGAUUUCUCCAAGCUGAACCAUUUGGAAUUUCUUGCCAUUGAUGCCUUGUACAAUACCAUAUUGGACAAUUUCGAUAAGGAUGAAAGCUUACCAAAGUUAAAGAGAGUCAAACUUUACCUUAUUAAUGAUGUUGAACGCACUAUUGAUGAAGUUAAACAAAUUGCAGAAAAAAGGCCUGAAAUUAGAUUUUCCUUGAUAUUGCAUGAAGGUGUAACUCCAGUCGAUAUCUUUGAGAGAAUUCUUUCCUGUAAAGGAAUUGAUGAAUUGGAUAGUUUUAAUGCAAAAAUUCCAGAUGCCAUUGAAACUAACUCCACCCUUAAAUCCUUAACUAUACUUAACGCGAAAUCAUUAGCUAAUUUGGAACUUUUACAAAACAACAAGACUUUGGAAGUAUUGAAUCUCUAUUCAGCGGAUAUUUUUGAAGGUGAAUAUGUGAGUGAAAUUUGUAAUUUAUUCCGUAACUCACAAGCUGAGCAUAUUUCACUUAUUGAUCCAUCUAUUGUUGGUGAACCAUAA